GUUUCUAAUAUAAUCAAAGAGAAACAAUAGGCGAUAAGAAUAAGACCGCAUAUCCGAUUUAGCGUAUGUAUCGCGAGUAAAGGUCAGCGCAUUCGACACCCGGCUAGCGCAGCCUUGACCGCAAAACGGUUGCGCUCACCCGCAUUUCAAUCGUUUCCCAACGCUGGGAAUCUAACUAAAACGAUUCAUAUUUCAUAAGAUAGCCGCUUACGACACGCGACGCCCGGCGGCGGUGCAGUGCGUUGCGGCUGCGAUAAGCAUUGCACUGCCAGCGCCAGUUGCCCACACGACACGAGACCGCGCGCAGACGGUGGUAUUGUCGAAUCAAUGCGAAUACAACGUGCGUAACGCGAAUACGAAAUACAAAGAUGGUUUGAAUCAAGAUGGCAUUAUCUGGAGUAUCUACCUUGGCCACGUACGUCGCUGCGUGGCCCCCGCCUGGACCGAUGCCCAGUUCCUUCCAGUUCCAUCAUCAGGGGUCGAAUUUCGCAAUAUUUGUGAUAUUCUUUGCUUUAUGCAUGAUGGAGGUUGUUGUGUUGAAGAUCAUCACGGAGGAGCAGAGGGACCAGGGUUCCAGGAGCGUCACCUCCAUGUGGUUCGACAUGGAUGACGAUUGAAUGUCGAAAGUGUUGUGUUUUGCAAGUGAACAUUAUAUGUCACAAUUGAUUCUCUUCGAUAUCCUUUGCAACAGUUUCGUUAAACGCAAA